CAACGUUUCCUGUGACGUAAAGAUGUUUUCUGAUUGGCUCGCUUUUCGUGUAGAUUUUUGAAAGUCUUUGUGAAGGAGGGAGAGCUGCCGUCGAAAAAGACAUGGCUCCGAGGAAGAGGACAACCAAAACGCGGAAAAACAACCCGAAGGCCGCGAAGCUGGAAGCGUUUCUGCAGGAUUUUAACAGCGAAGUGGAGACCCGGGUCCGACAGAUGAGGGAGGACCUGAACCAGCUGCUGAACAAUGUGGACAGCGCCUACAACCUGGCUUUAUUCAAAAUGCCCAAAGCUGUGAGACAGACCAACUGGCUGGACCUCCUCAAAUCGGAGAAACCGAAUACUCAGGAGGUGGACAAUGUGAAGCAGAGAAAAGAGGAGGAUGCCAUCAUGACGAGCGCCGGCGCUGAGGACCACRCCCCCCAGAAGACCGUCAGCAAACUGAAGAAUAAGAAGAAAGCUGAAGCCAAAUCCACCUCAGAUGAUGAAAAUGUUCCCAGUUCCUCCAGGAAGGGGAGAACAUACAGAAAACCUCAGUCCACAAGAACAACAACAACUAAAAGUAAAGCCAGCAGACAGUCCAACAGGAAGCCUCUGAUCACUCCUGCCAGAACCAUGUUGGACUCAUCCCUUAUGAUGGGAUCGACCCCGCUCAUCACCCCGCGUUUCGACCCCAGACUUCCUAAGACCCCUGCUCUGAGGGUCCCUCGCCACAAAGAGCGGGUCUUCAGCAUCUCUGUGAAUGGGUCUCCUGUGGCAGCAGGAAGUGAGGACAUUGUCCUCAGCGUCCCCAUUGGGAAUGGACAGAGCCUKCAGCUGCUGGCCAGUCAGAUGGACUCUGUGGACCUGUCCCAGCUGGACCAGACGGCUCUGAGGAGCAUCCAGUUGCUGCAGAACCGCCUCACGACUCUGUGUGGGACGUCAGACUGARCCGCCUGCAGCUUCCGUUCUUUUUGUAACGUUUUAUCUUGUAACAUUUGUUCAUAGUUCCUGUUUUUCUGACCUGUUUGUUUUUAAAAACACAACUUUUAGUUUUA